CUCAAGCGGCGGACGAGCGCCAACAAGGCGAAGCUGGCGGCCGGGCUGGAGCUGCCCAGCCGCCCGGCCCAGCUCUCCCAGUGCCUGCCCUCGACGCUCGGCGAGGCUGCCAGACCCGGACUGGUGACUUCAGGAGAGGCUCCACAACCUUGUCGUCCAGACAGCUGCUUUCCUUCCUCCACCAGAGCGGCCUCAUGCCAGAACCACCCUGCUUUCCAGAUAAGGACUUCCCAGCAGCCUCCGGCCCCUUGCAGACCAUGGCAGGGUUCUGUUGGGUCGCUGCCAGGGCACUGGGCUUCCCCAGCUUUCCCAGGCCAGGGGGCUCCCUUUCCAGUCGUCCGCAAGUGCUGCACGGAGGUCACAUACACUCUGCAGACGGUGUGCUCCCUUCUGCCACUUCAGCGAUGGGCUCCAGCUGGUGCUGCCCUUCCAGAACCCGGCAGCUGCGCGUCUCCAGGGCAGUGCUUGCAAGGCCUGGAUCCAACACUCACCCUGCAGUGUUCACCCCCUGCCCAGGGAGCACCUCUGACUGUCAGCGCCAGUGCUGCGGCUGCGGCGUCCACCGACUGCGUCUUUGUGCAGAGUCCUGAAGUGCAGCCACCUCCUGCAGCUGAAUGCCUGCCCUCUGAUGGCGCACAGCACACAUCUGAGAAUGAGGAGAAGCUGCCAGAAUUAAGUUAUGAAGAUGUAUUUCAGUUUUUCAGUGAGAUGAAUGCAUCAGGCAGCACAGAUGCAGUGACACCGGAGGCUGCAGAAAGCUGGGGUGGAGAGCUGUUUGAAAGCUGCAUCAAUGCGGCCAAAGAAAGUGCCGCUGCUGCUGACACGGCACAAGAGUUUGUGACCACCCAGGGAGCCCCUGAAGAACAGGGAGAAGAGCUGGAUCACAGCCCAGCUCAACCAUCCGAACUGUUUGUUGUGGAAGCGCUGUUUAGUGCAGAGCAAGAGAAUGGGAGUCUUACAUGUGGAUGGGUGAUGGAAGAGAGAGAACUGACUCCAGGACCCAAGGCAGUGAAGAAAGCUGCAGAAGAGGCAGGGUCCCCUGCAAAGCAUCUGUGCAGGAAGAGAAGAUGCAGCUCAGAGCAGG